GACGAUCAACCGGUUCCUGUGUUUAUUUCACCCUGCUGCACUUUUCUGUUUUCUACAGACAAAUCUCGCGAUCGACUGGGAAUCUCCCCGCGAUCGACCGGGCGAUCGACUCUCUGGAUCCAAACGGGCCCUUUCACAGCGUAGAUUUAUUUAUUGUUGCUGUGGUACCCAAGCUUUUGGGACAAGUAACAUAAACGGAGCAGAGCUUGUUUCUAUUCUGGGAAAGUGAAACCGACAUUUGCUAACACUGAGAGGUGAAAUGGCGCAGCAAGAAAAUCGGCUUGACCAAAAGAAAGUCAGCUGUUCGAUCUGUCUGGAUCUACUGAAGGAACCGGUGACUAUUCCCUGUGGACACAACUAUUGCAUGAACUGUAUUAAAAGCCACUGGGAUGGAGAGGAUGAGAAUCAAAUCUACAGCUGCCCAGUGUGUAGACAGACCUUUGCACUAAGGCCUGUCCUGGUGAAAAAUACCAUGCUAGAAGAGUUAGUGGAGGAGCUGAAGAAGACUGGACUCCAAGCUGCUCCUGCUGAUCACUGCUAUGCUGGAGAUGAAGAUGUGGCCUGUGAUUUCUGUACUGGGAGAAAACUGAAAGCCUUGGAGUCCUGUCUGCAGUGUGUGGCCUCAUACUGUGAGAAACACCUCCAGCCUCAUUAUGAAUCACCUGCUUUUAAGAAACACAAGCUGGUGGAGCCCUCCAAGAAGCUCCAGGAGAGCAUGUGCUCUCGCCACGAUGAGGUGAAGAAGCUGUUCUGCCGCACUGAUCAGCAGUGUAUCUGUUAUCUCUGCCCUAUGGAUGACCAUAAAGGCCACAAGACAGUUUUGGCUGCAGCGGAAAGGACUGCGAGGCAGAAAGAGCUGGAGGGGAGUCGACUAAACAUCCAACAGGGAAUCCAGGACAGAGAGAAGGAGGUGAAGCUGCUUCAGCAGGAGGUGGAGGCCAUCAAUGGCUCUGCUGAUAAAGCAGUGGAGGACAGUGAGAAGACGUUCACUGAGCUGAUCCGUCUCAUGGAGAAGAGAAGCUCUGAUGUGAAGCAGCAGCUCAGAUCCAAGCAGGAAACUGAAGUGAGUCGAGUCCAAGAUCUUCAGGAGAAGCUGGAGCAGGAGAUCAGGGAGCUGAAGAGGAGAGACGCUGAGCUGCAGAAGCUCUCUCACGCAGAGGAUCACACCCACUUUCUGCUCAACUACCCCUCUCUGUUACCUCUCAGUGUUUCCAAACACUCAUCCAGCAUCAAAGUCCGUCCUCUGCGCUACUUUCAGGACGUGACGGCAGCUGUGUCAGAAGUCAGAGAUAAACUACAGGACGUCCUGAAGAAGACGUGGACAAACAUCUCACUGAUGGUGAGUGAAGUGGACGUUUUACUGCCUCCACCAGAGCCAAAGACCAGAGCUGAAUUCUUAAAAUAUUCACGUGACAUCACUCUGGAUCCAAACACUGCAAACACACAGCUGCUAUUAACUGAGGAGGGCAGAAAAGCAACAUUCACGAGUCAACGCCAGAUAUAUUCAAGUCACCCAGACAGAUUCACGAAAUGGCCUCAGGUCCUGAGUAAAGAAAGUCUGACUGGACGUUGUUACUGGGAAGUGGAGUUGAGAGGGGGGGGAGUUUUUGUAGCAGUUGCAUACAAGAACAUCAGCAGAGCAGGGGUUUGGGAGGAAUGUUUAUUUGGAGUCAAUGAUAAAUCUUGGACGUUAUAUUCUGACAUUAACAGUUAUACCUUUUGGUACAACAACAUCAAAACUCCCGUCUCAGGUCCUCGGUCCUCCAGAGUUGGAGUGUAUCUGGAUCACGAUGCAGGUAUUCUGUCCUUCUACAGCGUCUCUGAAACCAUGACUCUCCUCCACAGAGUCCUGACCACUUUCACUCAGCCGCUCCACGCUGGACUUCGGUUUGAUUUAGUAUCUUCUGGUGGCACUGCUGAGUUCUGCAACCUCAAGUUGACAGAAGUAGUUUAAGUCCAGCUCAGUCGGCAUAAAAACUGUUGGCCUUGAUCAUUUCAUUAAGAACUUAUGGUAACAUUUUAUUUUUAUCAUUCAUCAAAGAUAGCAGAAAACAUGCAUUAUGUACUAUGCAGGGGACUCUGACAGAGGAUUACUCACAAAGUACACAGUAAAAGUACUUCCUUUUAUUUCUGGUAGCAGUCAACUAGUACCGAGUCCAACAGUGUCAGUUUUAUUAAGAACUUGUGGUAAAAAAUAUUUGUAUAACUCAUUGAAUAUAGCAGGAAAGAAAAUGAAGAGCAGCUGAUUUGAAAAGACUAACUCGAGAGACGGAUGAGUGACUGCAGUGCAGAAUCGCUGUAUAGUUUAAAUCUCCUUAGUUACAAUGUUGUCCAUUUUACCCAAAGGCUUAUUAUAUUUACAGCCCUUAAUAACAUUCUUUUUCUGGGCUCAAUGUGUGUCUUGCUGUUUUCGUUGUGAUCGCUAAAUUCACCUUGUUUAGUAUCACUAUAACACUGACCUGGAUCGCUAGAAACACCUGCCAUCAGACUGGCAAGGGCUGUUCCAUGCUCUGCUCAACCUCCCGCCUUCCCAAUGGACUCAGUAGCGCCCCCUGCUGCCGUGGAGCAUGUGUGAGUGUGUUUGAGCACAACCACAAAGCCACGUGACUUUUGGCAGUAAUAUUCCGCCGUGAGAAGAAAAAGUGUUGUACUUGUAAAAAAAAAGUUGUGUACUUGUAAAACCUGAAUUUGUCUCUGAAACAUGAUUUAUUAGAAAAAUGUUAUAUGUUUGUUUGAUAGAUACGUUUUUUCUUUGCAAAACUAAAUGCAUUAGUUUGUAGAUGGUGUUUUGUAGUUGCAAACCACAUUGUGUUUGUUAGUGAAUCAUGAGGCAUUUGUAAAACCUGUUAAGUUUGUUUGUGGAGUUAUGGCAGGAAAUUAGCCAGGACAUUACCCUCUCGUCAAUAGUCACCAACCUGGGUGUGAAAAUGGAUGCCCAUCUGACCUUUGAGGCUCACAUUAAACACAGCUGUGCAAGAACUCCUUUUAUCACCUCAGGAACAUCGCCAAACUCCGCCCCACACUCACUCUGUCUGAUGCCAAAAAGCUAGUCCACGCCUUUGUCUCCUCCAGGCUGGACUACUGCAAUGCACUACUCACUUUUACUGUAACAGAGUAUUCCUACACUCUGGUACUUCUACUUUUACUCAAGUACGAGAUCUGAGUACUUCUACUUUUACUCAAGUACAAGAUCUGAGUACUUCGCCCAUCUUUGUUUGUAUGUUGACCGUUUAAAAAAAAAAAUCUUUAAAGCACUGAAAAACAUUUUUAAAUGUAUUUAAUUUACGUUGAAUUUGUUUCAUUACUGUAUUCGUUUCAGUGUUUCUUAUUGUUUCGGAACGUUUAGUCUAUUUGAAAUAAGUUGUAUUAGGCGCUUUCACACCGGAGUACUUUUCCAAGUAUAGUUCCGAUAUAGUUCAGAAAAUGUGCGUUCACACCAAAAAAAUCCGGAACUAGAACUUAGUUCAUGAGAACCUGUUCACA